AUGCGUGAGGAUUUCAAAGGCUUGGAGGGAGAACUCCCUAAGAAAGAGGCUGAAUACGAGACGAUUGUGGAGUCCUUGGAGAAGAUACGCCACCCUCUUUCGUACAGCUGGGGUGUUGUGAGCCACUUGAACAAUGUGAAGAAUUCUGAUGAACUGCGUAAAGUCCAUCAAGCAGUUCAGCCAGAGGUCGUGAAGGCCUCUAUGGAGCUGUCACAGAGUCGCGUAGUCUUCAACGCUUUGGGCAGCUUGGACCAAAGCGCGCUUCCGGAAUCUCGAAAGCGCAUUGUGGAGUCUGCACUGCGGGACAUGCGCUUGAGCGGCGUUGACCUUGAGGACAGCAUUUGCGCAGUUGUUUGCUUCGGUUUUUGUGAGUGGUCUCUGGAAAACCUGUUAGCUGCUUUCAGGGCAGCGCAAAGGAAGAGUUCAACGCCUUACACCUGGGUUGCCUUACCUCCUUGUGUUUGUGUCCGCGGAGUCCUGUUCCACCAAGACGAUGGCUUUGCGCCUCUCGGAGCUUGGUGCUCCAACGGCCUGUUCACAGCCAACGAAGCAGACUAG